GUCCAAAGGGGGCAAUGUUAUUUUAGACAUACCUGACAUAUUUCUAGUUUAAUUGAUCCCUUUCUAGUUUCUAUAUUCAGCUUCUCUUCUUUCUCCGAUCCAUCUUUCCCCUCGUGAUCUUCAUCAUGGCGAGAGGCACCUCUCAAUCUCAAUCAUCAACCACCACCAACACGCGCCCAGGCGUCGUCGCUCCCCGCGGCUCCGCUGCCGCCACCGCAGGCAUGCGCCGUCGCCGCCUCGGCACCGGCAGCGGAAACAGCUCCGCCUCCGUCGGAGCUAGCUCCGGCGGAGGCAGCAACAUGCUGCGAUUCUACACCGAUGACGCUCCCGGCCUGAAGAUCUCGCCGACGGUGGUGCUCGUCAUGAGCCUCUGCUUCAUCGGCUUCGUCACCGCCCUCCAUGUCUUCGGCAAGCUCUACCGCUAUCGAUCUGGUCCUGGCGCUUGAUUUCCAUCUCCCGAUCGUGAAUCGGACUCGUCGUUUCCGGAUCUGGCGCAUCACCACCACUCGGUAAAUCAGAACCUGCGUUUGUUUUUUUCCAGUUUUUUUUUUUUUUUGUUGAUUGUAAAUUUUGCUAAGGCUUGAUUAGAAUAAAUGCCUUUGUUAACUAUAAUUAAAUUUCUGUGAUCAAUGUAGCUUUGAUUUAACAAAAUCAAUGUUGAUGAGAUGAAUUAAUUAACUUAAUCACCUUUUGUUGUUUGAUC